AUGCUGAAAAAAAGCAUCGACGCCAAAGUUCGCCCUCUCGCCAAUGUCAGUCUUGAAAGAGCAAGUCUCCUCGGCGCUGCUCGCAUCUACGUCAGCAAAGACUCGCUCAUCUCACUUACUAGCGGCCUCGAGAGCGGCCGCCCAUGCACCGUUGAGAGCCUCCAAACAGACGACACCUCUGGCGAUGCAUCUGCAGCGGAUGCAGAGACUUCCAAACGAAGGGGAGCCUCGCUAUGGGUUCUCCCCGAAAAGAACAUUAGCCCCAAUGUUGUCAUGAUGACAAGGGCCUUUCAAGAGGCCACGGGGUUCAAGCUCGGAGACGUGGUCCGGAUUACUCUAGCAGAGCCUGCUGUGAUUCCAGAUGCAGAAGAAGUCGUGGUUCAAGAUGUCGCCAGUGAGGCGGAUCAGCAAAAGGAUGCCGCCGCGGAUUCAAGACACCCCCCGUCCUGGGAGUUUUCCGUCAGCGUCUCCCUCGACCGUGCGGAACAAGUGUUUCCAGGCAUGGUGCUCGAGGGUGUCAACAUCAACAAGCUGCGCCGAACGUUCAAAGUCAUAUCUGUCAAUGGACAGACCAAUAACCUAGCCCGCUUCAAGCUCUCCUCGUCAACAGUACGGAUUCUCCAGCCCGGAGGUGACAAGGAUACCCCUGAAGAUGCCCAAGUAGCUACUACAUCUAGUCCAUUAGCUGUCACAGGAGUCCCCGGUUUAUCUUCUCAAGUCAACACCAUUAACCAGUUUCUCAGGGGCUUUGGCCGACCUUUCUGGAUACAGAAUGAGCGAGAAUCUUGCGGCUUCGUCAUUCAUGGUGGCCACGGCACUGGCAAGACAUUUAUUCUGCAGCGUAUCGCAGCCACCAAUUGGGGUCGGGUUCAUUGGAUCAGGCCUUCAGACAAAUUGUCGUCCAUCAGGGAGACGUUCAAACAGGCUCAGUCUCAGCAGCCGAGCCUUCUCUUCAUCGAUGGUCUCGAGGAUAUUCUCGCCAAAGAUCGCUCCAAUCGUGACACUGUCAUUGAGGCCCUUGGCGAUGAGCUUGACAAUCUCUCUGCGGCAGCCUCUGCUGCCAAUGCUCUGCCCCGGGUUGUCGUUGUUGCUACAUGUCUAGAUUAUUUGGCCGACGUCCCAGCCAAACUCCAAAAACGCUCACGUUUCCGCGAGAAUGUUGCUUUGCCUAUCCCUCGCGCGACGGAGCGCCUCGAGAUCUUGCGCUUCUUCAACCCUCCUCUACAAGCUGAAGAAAAGGAAUCUUGUCUCGUCAGCCUGGCAUCCAAAACUCACGCAUACAAUGGAGACGAUCUCGCAAAUUUGGUUCUAAAUGCCAAGAAGAUUCUCGGCAACAGGCUCGACGAGGAGACUGCUGCUGCUCACAAUGUCGACGUUGGUGCUGCGGAAGAGAUUUCUCAAGGAACACCGCAACCAAAAGAACAUUAUCUUACUUCUCAAGACAUGGAACAAGCUCUGCGCAUCACUCGUCCCACAGCUAUGCACGACAUAAACUUGAAGCCACCCACCAUUCACUGGCAAGAUGUUGGUGGCCAAGAAUCCCUCAAAAAGGUUCUAUCUCGUAUGAUCAAAAACACAAAGGAUACCAAUCCCACUUCUCGUCACGUCCUGCGUCAGCCUCCCAAGGGCCUGCUUCUGUAUGGCCCUCCUGGCUGCUCCAAGACUCUGUCUGCCCAGGCCAUGGCUACUGAGUCUUCCUUCAACUUCUUCGCUGUCAAGGGUGCUGAGCUUCUCAACAUGUACGUUGGUGAGUCUGAGCGUGCCGUGCGAACGCUCUUCGAACGCGCGCGCGCUGCCGCCCCUUCCAUCAUCUUUUUUGACGAAAUCGAUUCCAUCGGCGGUUCUCGGACUGGAGGCAACGGCGCCGCCGCCGCCGCCAGGAGCACAGGCUCCGUGAAUAUGCUUACCACUCUCCUUACUGAGAUGGACGGCUUCGAAUCCCUCACCGGCGUUCUCGUCCUCGCCGCCACUAACCGUCCUGAGGCUAUGGAUCCAGCCCUCCUCCGCCCAGGCCGCUUCGACCAGAUUCUCUACGUGGGACCCCCCGACCUCUCUGCUCGAGAAGCCGUCUUCGGCGUGCAUCUUCGGGGCCUGGCCCUUUCACCAGACGUGGAUGUCCCGGAACUGGCCCGCGUCACGGAUGGCUAUUCAGGAGCCGAGAUCAAGGCCAUCUGCAACGAGGCUGGCUUGGCUGUGCUUGACAGGUGCGACGAAGACGAAACAGGUACCGAGAAGAUGGAGAUUACCAUGGCGGAUUUGGUGGCUGCGGUAGAGAAGACUCCGAGAAACAUUACGGCCAUGAUGAUCUCGGGCUACGAAAUGUGGUCAAGGCAAUUCAAAAGACUAUGA